GAGAGAAUCGAACCCGGAAGUGAGCGCGGAUAUCUCGCACACGUAUUUGUACUCUUUGGGGGCGAUGCUAAGGCACGGAGCCGCUGGCCGUCCGAGUCGGGAUGGAUUUAGAAGCAGCUUUUCAAGCCGUCGGCGAGUUCGGACCGUACCAGCAGCGAGCGGUGGCGGUUCUGGUCCUGACUCAGGUGUACAUGGCCUGUCAGUCCAUGCUCAUGGUCCUGGUCGGAUACACCCCCCAGUACCGGACGGAGCAGCAGGAAGGCUCGGCGCUGAGCAUCACCUUUACAGAGGACGUGGACUCCAUAGCGACGGAGUGGCUCCUGGUCAAGCAGCAGGCGUAUAAGGUGGGCCUCGCCGGGUCCCUGUUCUUUGCCGGGCUGCUGGUGGGGAACGUGGUGUUCGGCCCGCUCUCCGACCGGAUCGGCAGGAGGCCGGUGUACCUGACAGGCCUGUUCCUGGAGGUGGUCUUCGGGUACGUGUCCGCCCUGGCGCCCAGCUACGAGGUGUUCGCUGCGUCUCGGCUGCUGGUGGGGCUGAUGAACGGCGGCAUCGGCCUGGUGUGCUUCGUGCUCACUCAGGAGUACGUGGGCAAGUCUUACUGGGCCAUGACAGGGACGCUGACCAGCAUGGCCUUUGCUGUGGGCAUCGCCCUGUUUGGAGCUCUGGGCUACGUCAUCCAGCCGUGGAGGAGUCUGGCCACAGCCGCCAACUCGUCCGGUGUCCUGUUCUUUCUCCUGUCUGUCUCUCUCCCAGAGUCUCCUCGCUGGCUGUACUCCCAGGGUCACACCCAGCGAGCGGAAGAGGUGCUGCGCUACAUGGCGCUACGCAACGGCAACGGCGCCGCCGACCUGCUGCUGCGGCGGGUCGGCGGCGCCCACGUCGGCACCCGGGUCCGGUCGAGCAGCGGGGUCCUGCAGCUGGUGCUCCAUCCGGUCCUGCGCCUCCGGACCAUGGUGCUCAUGUACGUCUGGUACGCCUGCAGCCUGGUGUACUACGGCCUGACGCUGGGCGCCGGCGACACGGCCGGGAACCGCUUCGUCAGCGUGGCCCUGUACGGCCUGGUGGAGCUGCCCGCCUACCCGCUCUGCAUCUACUUCAUCAACAAGCACUGGGCUGGGAGGAGGAAGAGCAUGGCCAGCUUCCUCUGCUUAGCUGGCUCCGCCUGUCUCUGCACCAUGUUGGUCCCUGAAAACACAGGAGCCUUGUUGAGCGUCACGUCUCUGGCGCUGGUGGGAAAACUGAUGGUCAGCGCGGCGUUCAACAUCGCCUACGUCUACACGUCGGAGCUCUACCCCACCGUCAUCAGAAACGCUGGUCUGGGCGUGUGCUCCAUGUCCUGCAGGGUCGGAGGCAUCCUGGCUCCGUUUGUUCCCUCCAUGCGGGCUCUCCACGCCUCCAUGCCCUUCGCCGUCUUCUGUCUGAGCGGUCUGUCUGCUGGCGGCCUCGGCCUCCUGCUGCCUGAAACCCUCAACAGUCCUGCAGCAGAAACCCUGGACGAGCUGGGGAGCCCGAGGCGGAGCCGAACGCUGGAGAGCAAGGCUCUGUUGUAUAAAGAUGAAACCUGGGAGUCAAACAGCCUUUGAAUCCAGCAGCCUCCUCUUCAUCGCGUCCUCUCAUGAGAAGCUGCAUCACGCCGGCGUGUGAGCUGAGGAGUGACCGGCAGCACAGACGUCAACCUGCUGCUGAAAAGCACACAUGGUGCUUUGGGCCAACGUCCCAUCGUGUGUUUAGCUGGAGGUGGAGCCAUCAGAGUCCAGACAGUGAUGCAGGAGCGUGUGGUCAUCACACGUUCAGGCCGGACCGUGGUUCUGACAGGAUAAGCUGGAGGUUUAAGCAGCAGGUCACUGCAGAGUGAACCGUGGCCAUGAACGCGUUAAUGCGUGGAUGAAUCCUCCUGCCUUGACUUUACCAACAGAAACAGUGUGAUCUGUCUGAGAUCAGCAGCCUUCUGCUAAACUGAUUUCAUGUAGAGACGUUUUAUACGUGACGUCUCACUGACAGCUGGACACGCUUGACCUCUGUGCCUUCUAUGGACAUGAACUUAUUAAAGUAUUGAAUCGAG